AUGCAAGAUACAAAUCGACACAUUCUCCUCCUUAUUGAUGGUGCCACUUCGCAUGCAGUUGGUGAUGUAGAUCUUACUAAUAUAAAGGUUGUCACUUUACCUCCAAGAACCACCUCCAAGCUUCAACUAAUAGAUGCAGGCAUUAUUGCCGCCUUCAAAUACCGAUAUUAUCAUUUUCUAUUACAACAUGCUAUUGACCAUGAUGAGGCUAAGGAAUCUGAUAUCUAUAAAUGUAUUCGAGCUUGGUAUUCAAUUCCUCCAAAAACUAUCACAAACUGUUUUCGCCAUACUGGCUUGUUUGAUUAUAAAAUAACUGCCUCUACCCAUGAAGUUUAUCCAAAUGAUGAAGAUUCAUCUGUUCUCGCAGAGUUGGAGGAAUCACUCAAAACCAUCAAUGACCCAGAAAAUAACAAUGAUGCUGAUGAUAUAAAUGAUAGUAGUUCUUCUUUUACUACACCUUCAAACUCUGUUAAACUCGACGCUAUACGUACUGUGAUUAGUCUUCUUAACACAACUAUUUCUGACCACAAUGCCGUACUUAGAACAUUGCGUUCAUUGCAACGAGACAUUCAGCUUCAAGUUUCCUCCUCAAAGGUUCAAGCGACAUUAGAUAGCUUUAUGCAAGUAGGAUACCAGAACCUUUAUGCUAUUGCACGAAUAAAUGAGGAAAAAAAAUUAGAAUUAUUAUCUUAUAUUGCAUUUGACCUUCAAUUAAUUCAUUCAAAUGAUAUUAUUCAUUGUGAUAUUACUCUUUUAUUUAUAAAAACUUUUGCUAUUACUUGGCCUCCAUGUACCGAAGAAGUUAUAAACAAAAAUAUAUUAAAUGUUGCGGCUAUUCUAUGUACUGAAGAA